UUUUACUAGCUACUACCACAAUGUCUUCUCAAAUUGCCACAACUGCUGCUAAAGAGCUGCCAACUGAUGGCGAUUAUUACACAAAAGGGGUCAAGUACCUCACUGAUAUGCUACCCAAUAUGACCACACUGCCUUCACAAUAUGUUGUGCCGUUACCCACAAACCCAUUAUCAGUCCGUCAUGCUUCAAUCCCUGUCAUCGAUUUAAGUGGUCUCAAUGGACCCCCUGAGUCUAGAAAGAUCACUAUUCAGGCCAUCGACUCUGCCUGUGUCGAAUGGGGAAUCUUCGGGAUUGUUAAUCACGGGAUAAAUAUCUCUCUGAUGGAGGAAAUGUUGGAGGUCGUAGCAGGAUUUUUCAAUCUGCCUUCGGAAGAGAAGAUGAAAUAUGCUUCGGACGAUCCAAUUAAUCCACCUGUUAAGUAUGGAGCAAGCGUGAAUGCAUCCACGAAGCAUGCUUUCUGGAGGGACUAUUUGAGGCAUCAUGGACAUGGCCGUCCUCUUAGUAGUACCUCCGAUCUUUGGCCUAGCAAUCCCUCUAACUACAGGAACAUAGCGAAGGAAUUCGUAGAGAAGGUAUGGCAGUUGCAACUGAAGAUAGCAAGUGCACUAUCAGAAGCUCUAGGACUUGAACCUGAUUACAUAGAGAAGGCACUUGGAGAAGGUUUUCAGGUGGUUGGUGCUAAUUAUUACCCUCCAUGUCCAGAGCCACACCGAACACUUGCCAUACCACCACAUUCUGAUCAUGGUGGACUAACAGUUUUGAUGCAAAAUGACGUUAAUGGCUUACAAGUUGAACAUAAGGGCGAGUGGUUUGCUGCCAACAUCAAGCCAGGGACUUUUGUUGUCAACAUAGGAGAUUACAUGGAGAUUUUGAGCAAUGGAAAGUACAAAACUAUGAAGCAUCAAGGUGUGGCAAAUGAACACAAAACGAGGAUAUCAAUAGCGGUGGGCAAUGGGCCUGGGUUGACGAACACCAUUGCACCUGCCAGUCCUCUGGUGGAUGGGAAGAGUGAAAUCAAAUACCGACAUCUCGCCUACCAAGACUACAUGGAACAACACCAAAAGGGUGCCACAAGAGGAAAAACUCCAUUGGAAUUCAUGAUUGACCCACAAGUCAACAAAUGAAGCUUCUACUGUUCCAUUGCCAAAACAAUAAGAAACCUCUCCUAAAACUAUCAAUAAGUUAUAUAUAUUUGUGAGGUUUCAUCAUGAAUUGAAUUUGCAAGGUAUAAUCCAUGCACGGGCAUAAAUAAGCUUGCUUUCCAAGCAAUACCGUGAGUUGUUGUUUGUGUUUUUAUUUCUUUUGCUGCUGUUCUUUUUGUUUUUCCUUAUAUAUGAAUGUUGGGAUUACUCUACAAAGUCGUCGAUGAUUUGUAAUUGACUUCUAGUUUUAAUAAAAUCUUAGUUUUUUUUUUCAAUUUA